UGCCCGAGGCCGCGGCUCCGCGGGCAGUGCCCCGACACCGUGGAGCGGGGCGGGCCUGCGGGCCAGAAGCCGGCCCGCGUAGCUCCAGCGCACGUGACCUGCCACCCACUCCUGCCGUCUCCUGCCCGCGCCAUGGCCCAGCCCGUGCCCCGGCUCUCUGUGCCCGCCGCGCUGGCCCUGGGCUCAGCCGCGCUGGGCGCUGCCUUCGCCACUGGCCUCUUCCUGGGGAGACGGUGGCCCCCAUGGCGAUUCCGGCGAGAGCAGCGCCUGCUGCCCCCCGAGGACAGCCCCCUGUGGCAGUAUCUGCUGAGCCGCUCCAUGCGGGAGCACCCGGCGCUGCGGAGCCUACGGCUGCUGACCCUGGAGCAGCCGCAGGGCGAGUCCAUGAUGACCUGUGAGCAGGCCCAGCUUCUGGCCAACCUGGCGCGGCUCGUCAAGGCCAAGAAGGCGCUAGACCUGGGCACCUUCACGGGCUACUCCGCCCUGGCGUUGGCCCUCGCGCUGCACCCAGACGGGCGCGUGGUGACCUGCGAGGUGGAUGCGAGGCUCCCGGAGCUGGGGCGGCCCCUGUGGAGGCAGGCCGAGGUGGAGCACAAGAUCGACCUUCGGCUGAAACCUGCCCUGGAGACCCUGGAUGAGCUCCUGGCGGCCGGCGAGGCCGGCACCUUCGACGUGGCCGUGGUGGACGCGGACAAGGAGAACUGCACCGCCUAUUAUGAGCGGUGCCUGCAGCUGCUGCGAUCGGGAGGUGUCCUCGCCGUUGUCAGCGUUCUGUGGCACGGAGAGGUGCUGCAGCCUCCGAAGGGGGACGCGGUGGCCGAGUGCGUGCGAAACCUAAACGAACGCAUCCGGCGGGACGUCAGGGUCCACAUCAGCCUCCUGCCCCUGGGUGAUGGUCUCACCUUGGCCUUCAAAAUCUAGGGCUGGCCCCUAGGGAGUGGGCUUGAGGGAGGGAACCUGGGAACCCCAGGCGUAGAUCCUGCGUUUGAAAUCCGACAAUAAAGUGAGGCUGGGACACUCGAA